UUAAAUGAGUUGCAAAAUUUGACCUUUGCCUUAGUGCCCAAGUAUGCACGCAGCAGAUAACAAAAUUGUAAUUGUAAAUCACAAAAGACGUGUUCUCGUUAUUCAAAUUCCGUAAUUACAAUACCAUCUAAUUCACCGCCUCUGCAAAGUCGUACUCAUAUGGCGGUUUCCGUUUCUCUUCAAAUAAAACGCCACCUGCUCUCACCUUUUACAAUUUCAAUUUUUUGUUUUCCUCACACACACUUUCCUGUAUCUAAUUUCUAAUUCUAGUGUGUGUCCGUUUUUCCCUCUUUUUCUUUCACGCUAAGUUUUUCUAUUUUCUGUGAACAAUAAUGAACUCAUAUUAAUUUUCUCUUUAUUAUCAUUACUCUCUUUUUCAUAUUUACAAAUUAUUAUUUCAUUCUUCUAUCACACAAUAUUUUUUUCUCCUUUUAAUUUCGCUUCUUAUUUAUGGAGCGAUCAAUUCACGAUUUACAUGAGAGAUCGCCCCAUGAUUCCGCCGGCGAGGACGAAUCGGCAGUUUCCGAUUGCGAGAGCGUCGCUUCCGGCGGCCACGUUUCCGAAAGGUUUGUUCCGAAGGCGGAGAGUGUAGAUACGAAUACGAAUCUCAUCCGUAGCAGAUUCGUUUGCAGUUUGAGCACGCAAGGAUUGAAAGCCGAAGCAGUAUCGAUUCGCAGGAAUGCUUGUUCAACGGUAAUGGCACAAGCAAGGGUUCAAUCGUUUCAGAUCUUCGCACGUGCGGUUGCUAAAUUGCGUGGUGGGAAUCCAAACGUGAAACACGCUUGGUAUGGUGCUUCUAGUAAGGAAGAGAUAGUUGAUAUCAUUCAACACGGUUUUGGUCAUGCUCAUAGCCAUGGUUUACGUCUCUCUCCCAGCGAUUCUCCUCUCCAAAGUGUGAAAAGCUCUGCUGUUGGUAAAGACGGUUUGAGGCACUUGUUGUUGUGUCGUGUUAUUCUGGGAAAAAUGGAGGUUGUGCCUGAAGGUUCUGACCAAUGUCGUCCGAGUUCUGAAGAGUAUGAUUCUGGGAUUGAUAGUUUUUCAUCUCCCAAAGAGUACAUGAUUUGGAGUAACAGGAUCAACACACAUGUGUUGCCCGAAUAUGUUUUGAGUUUCAAACUUGCUUCUUCAAAAGGACAUGUGAAGGUUGGAGUUGAGGGGCAACCUGUGAGACCAUCUUCCCCUUGGAUGCCAUUCCCGGCUCUAUUUUCCGUGCUUUCCAAGAUUUUGCCUCCGUCUGAUAUUGGUUUCAUUGCCAAGUUUCACAAAGAGUAUAGGGAAAAGAAGAUUUUGCGACAUGAAUUGAUACAAAAAGUUAGACUAAUUGCAGGAGACAAGUUGCUGGUUUCUGUUAUAAAAUCUUUCAGAGCAAAGAAAUUGCCUGCAAGCUUUAAGCAAACCGGACAGCCAGCAACGUGGAUUGAAUGAUUGUCUAUACGAUAGUAUACAUACUGAAGAACGUGAAUAGAAUACUUGAGCUGACACAAUACUCGUACUAACCAGAAACUACAUUGAGGAGAACACACAAGCAUGAGAAACAGGGUGGCAUUUUCAUUUUUUGGUUUGGGUGGUAUACGUGUUUUGUUGUAGUGUUGUUAAUUGUGCUAUAUAGUAGAAGGGAAUGCUUUCUUUUUCUAGUUAGUUACAGUUACAAUUACUAGUUGGAAUAAUGUACUCGCGAAUAGGCGUUUACCAUAGACAACAUAUUAUUGAACAACUCCAAGUUGGAUUCUUUAGAAGUUAAGUGUAAUUUCUAUUUCAUUUA